AUGGCUCAGUAUCGCGAUGUCUGCUACCGACUCUAUAUCGACGAGCGCAAGCCGCUCGACGAUAUCAUGGCAACGAUGCGCGAGGACUACAACUUUGUCCCUUCCAAACGAGCGUUCCAACAGCAGUUCAGGAGAUGGGGCUUUCCAUCCAAGCAGAACCCAGCUCAUCGCAACGCUGAUCUCGUAGCACGCGUCAAGGAACUCUGGGAGAACAACUACACACAGCCGCAAAUGCUUCAGACGCUGACCGAGGAAGGAUAUGAGAUCAAAGAACGAGAGCUCAUGCGUCUGCGAGCCAAGAACCGCUGGUUGCUACGGAUACCGAAUGGCACCAAAAGCAAGGCUCCUGAGAUGGAGACAAUGGAAGACCUCAUGCAACAGAUCGAAAACGCUGCUGCCGAACACGUCAAUGACCCGACAUCGCCCAGCAUGACCAACGGCGUCGAGGCAAAGCCGACCAAGGAGGGACUGGACGAGAUAUUGAACAAGCGACAGGAGCUGCAAGCGAAACGCAAGGCCGAAAGCGACGAGAAGUGGGCUUCGAAGAAACGCCGCCGUCGAACAAAGUCUUAUGCCGGCAUUGAAGCGGACCCUCCUGGUCCUCCUCGCUUUCCAUCAGAGACAACUCUCGAUGAAAGCAAGGUCAUUCUUGAGCUCGACAACAAGCAGUAUCGCGCAAUGCGGGAUCAGUUCCAAGCUAUGUGUGAGGCUGAUGGCAUUAUCAAGAAGACCCUCGCAGGCAAUGAGAAGUGGGCAGCCGUCAAGGAACGACUUAUACAAGAGAACGAAUCUUUGCAGGCAGUCUUUUGGCACGACAAGUCCAAUGAAGAACAAAAGAGACUUGCUCUCGAUGUUGUGUGUACCGAUGUCACCAAGCGCAUUCGAUCGGUUGGUCGUCGCAUGACCAUUGCUGAAGCGAAAAACGUUCUUGGCAUCAAUCCAGAACAGAGCCGCAAUAUUCGAAACUCUUUCUACAUCACCUUGAAGGACGACAAAUUCACAAGCAAGCUUGAGACCGGACUGGAGCACUGGAAUGAGCUCAAGCAGCAGUGGGUUGAGUCCAGCGACAUCCUGCAAGAGGUCUUUGCUCAGGGAGAGGCGGAUCCUCAAUUUCAAGAAAAGCAGAAGGCCCUCGAGGCGCUUUGUCGCGAUGUUAUGAAGCGUCUGCGUGACGAUCAAGCCAAAGGCAAGUCAGCUGCGGUCAUGCCAGCGGUGCCGAUCAAUCCGGAAGCCAACUCAGCACCUGUUCGUACUGCACAAGCCGCGACUCGUCUGGCAGAAGAAGCGGCUGCGCAACCGCUCGACCAUGAUCAGUCAGAAAGUGCCUACCAGUUCGCCAACGCUGCUCAGGACUUGUCCGAGUUGCAACAGAUCGACGCUAGCCGCAUCGAUCCGAGCCUACUGGCAGCAGGCAAUUUUGCCUCUGCUCCUUCUCCCAUUGUCAAUCCUAUGGGCAACCCGAUACCGAUCUACAUUCGAACCCAUCCCAAGUCUCAGGCUCACAGCUCAGACAAGAUGUGGCUUGCGACACUAUCGACACGCUCCGUGCAAGAGCUUCGGGCUCUGAUCGACGCGAAGUGGCCGGACGCAUCGCUUGCGAGAAUCGACGGCAUUGAACGAGCUCCUGAUGGUAAAGAAAUCAGUUAUCUCAUGGAGGAAGACGUUGAGCUUGACGCGUAUCUUGACCACGUCAACAAAGCCACAUUCGAGGUGCAGCUGAAUCCGGGUCGACAGUGA